AGGCCAGGAACUGUUGUUGCUGGGCUUACAACACUGAAAAUCACAGAUACUGUCCUUGAUCUCACGGAGCUCACGUUCCUAAGAUGUAUUAUGGAACCAAGAACAUUCUUGGAGAAAAAUCCAUCAGCAAUGAGGUAUUCCUGAAUCUUCCUCCUACACUUCCACGAUCUUAUGACCUCUGGCUGGACAGGAACAGACGAGCAGGAAAGCCUUGGAUGUCAACGCCUGACAAACUCUUGAGACCAGCUACCAAACCACGAAAAGUGACUUUCUUUCUGAGUCUUCUCUUCGACCCUUCUGAUGGAAGCAGAAACAGGGAACACCAUGGAGCAUGAAAAGGGGACCAACCGAGGCAUUCGAAUUGCACUGGCCCUGUUCAUUGGUGGCACCUUGGUGCUGGGCACACUGCUCUUUCUAGUGAGUCAAGGUCUCCUCAGCUUCCAGGCUAAACAAGAGUACUGCCUGAAGCCAGAGUGCAUAGAAGCCGCUGCUGCCAUCAUGAGCAAAGUAAAUCUUUCUGUGGAUCCUUGUGAAAAUUUCUUCCGGUUUGCCUGUGAUGGCUGGAUAAACAAUAACCCAAUUCCUGAAGAUAUGCCCAGCUAUGGAGUUUAUCCUUGGCUGAGACACAAUGUUGACCUCAAGUUGAAGGCACUUCUGGAGAAAUCAGUCAGUCGAAGGCGGGACAUUGAAGCUGUACAGAAAGCCAAAAUCCUUUAUUCAUCCUGCAUGAAUGAGAAAGCAAUUGAAAAAGCAGACGCCAAACCACUGCUCCACAUCUUGCGGCAUUCACCUUUCCGCUGGCCUGUGCUUGAAGCUAAUAUUGGCCCUGAAGGGGUUUGGUCAGAGAGAAAAUUUAGUCUACUGCAAACGCUUGCAACAUUCCGUGGUCAAUACAGCAAUUCUGUGUUCAUCCGUUUGUAUGUGUCCCCUGACGACAAGGCAUCCAAUGAACAUAUCUUGAAGCUGGACCAAGCAACACUCUCCCUGGCUGUGAGGGAAGAUUUCCUUGAUAACAGCACCGAAGCCAAAUCUUAUCGGGAUGCCCUUUAUAAGUUCAUGGUGGACACUGCUGUGCUUUUGGGAGCUAAUAGCUCUCGAGCUGAACAUGACAUGAAGUCAGUGCUUAGACUGGAAAUUAAGAUAGCCGAGAUAAUGAUUCCACAUGAAAACCGAACCAGUGAGGCUAUGUAUAAUAAAAUGAACAUCUCAGAACUCAGUGCUAUGAUUCCCCAGUUUGACUGGCUGGGCUAUAUCAAGAAGGUCAUUGAUACCAGACUCUACCCACACUUGAAAGACAUCGGCCCCUCGGAGAAUGUGGUGGUUCGCGUCCCACAAUAUUUUAAAGAUUUGUUUAGGAUAUUAGGCUCUGAGAGGAAGAAAACCAUUGCCAACUAUUUGGUGUGGAGAAUGGUUUAUUCCAGAAUUCCAAACCUCAGUAGGCGUUUUCAAUAUAGAUGGCUGGAAUUUUCAAGGGUAAUCCAGGGGACUACCACUCUGCUGCCUCAGUGGGACAAAUGUGUUAACUUUAUCGAAAGUGCCCUCCCUUACGUUGUGGGGAAAAUGUUUGUGAAUGUUCACUUCCAGGAAGAUAAGAAGGAGAUGAUGGAAGAAUUGAUUGAAGGUGUUCGCUGGGCCUUUAUUGACAUGCUGGAGAAAGAAAAUGAUUGGAUGGAUGCAGGAACAAAAAGGAAAGCUCAAGAAAAGGCAAGAGCUGUUUUGGCAAAAGUUGGCUAUCCAGAGUUUAUAAUGAAUGAUACUCAUGUUAAUGAAGACCUCAAGGCAAUCAAAUUUUCGGAAUCGGACUACUUUGGCAAUGUCCUGCAGACCCGCAAGUAUUUAGCACAGUCUGAUUUCUUCUGGCUAAGAAAAGCUGUUCCAAAAACAGAGUGGUUUACAAACCCAACAACAGUCAAUGCCUUUUACAGUGCAUCUACCAACCAGAUACGAUUUCCAGCUGGUGAGCUGCAGAAGCCUUUCUUUUGGGGAACAGAAUACCCUCGAUCCCUGAGUUAUGGUGCUAUAGGAGUAAUUGUCGGACACGAAUUUACACAUGGAUUUGAUAAUAAUGGUAGAAAAUAUGAUAAAAAUGGAAAUCUUGAUCCUUGGUGGUCUGUGGACUCAGAAGAAAAGUUUAAGGAAAAAACAAAGUGCAUGAUUAACCAGUAUAGCAACUAUUAUUGGAAGAAAGCUGGCUUAAACGUAAAGGGGAAGAGGACCCUGGGAGAAAAUAUUGCUGAUAAUGGAGGUCUUCGAGAAGCUUUUAGGGCUUACAGGAAAUGGAUAAAUGACCGAAGACAAGGAGUUGAAGAGCCUCUCCUACCAGGCAUCACCUUCACAAACAACCAGCUCUUCUUCCUGAGUUAUGCUCAUGUGCGGUGCAAUUCCUACAGACCAGAAGCUGCCAGAGAACAAGUCCAAAUUGGUGCUCACAGUCCUCCACAAUUUCGGGUCAAUGGUGCCAUUAGCAACUUUGAAGAAUUUCAGAAAGCUUUUAACUGUCCACCGAAUUCCACCAUGAACAGAGGCGUGAAUUCCUGUCGACUCUGGUAGCUGGAGUGCUGGUUUCUACAGUCCUCACAGAGCUGAGAAGUGCCAUUGGAGGUGGCACCGAUGUACUCAGCACCUACUGCUUUCUGCCUUUAUUUCACUGAGGACUUUUAUUUUAAUGCAUUUUCAUUAUUUGGGUAGAUGACUUGCUUGGAUCUAAACAGUAUCUGUUCAAAGUCCCUAGGCUUAUAAAAGAAUUCAAGGAUUGAACCAAAUAUAUUUCAUUAGAAAGUCAAACAAAUAAAAACAAAUGUUAAAGCUACUUGGUUAAACUGGCAUCCCUAUUGUCUGUUUAGUUAGCUUCAGCUAGGUGGUACAUAGAAUUUCAAUCUGUAGCUUUUCAGGGGACCUGAGUAGAGUGUAUCCAUAGAAAAGAUCAGUCUAUGAAAAUUGUCACCCUCAAUAAUGAAGAUGCUUGCUCUAUGGUGUGCAAUUAAUACAAAGUAUCUCUUAUGUCUAAGGGUAGUUAAAUUAGAAAUUCAUCGGAUCUCUAUUUUAUAAUUUCUGAUAAAGUUGUUACCUUCAGUUUUGGAGUGUAUUGGAAAUUGUGUCUGAGAACUUACAUCCAAUGUAACUAACCAUUUAAGUCAGCAUGAACAAAGAUGGUGUAUAGUCCAUUAGGUGAAGGAUUUGGGGUUUAUAAAAUGGGAAAAGGGAUGAAUCUUUGACUGCCAGCAGUAUUAAAAUAACAACAAAAACUGUCCACACAACAACAAAGAUACUAGGAAAUGAAAUUUACAGACGUUGAUCUAGUCCCCAUGAAGCUCUAUGAGCAUCUAUGUGGUGGAUAGCAGUCAUAGAGCAGUUCCUGUUUUGUUUUCGUAUUCUCAGAUGUAUCUCCUAACUCUGAACCAAGCAGACAUUGAGAAAAGAAUUUUCUGUUUCCAUGUCAGGAACAUAUGGCUUUCAUUUCCUUUCAGUACAACUAUAUAAACACCAACCUGAGGAGGGAGUAAAUGUUCUUCCAUCUCAGCCCUCUUAAUGUUACAUCUCUGUAAAAGAAAAUCCCCUUCAAAAACUUCCAGAAUGAAGGCAUUUUAGUAUAUGUGAAUCCAAUUUUAAAAAUCCUGCCUAGAUCUAAGGGACACAAAUUUAUUCUUUAAGUCUUAUGAAGAGUUUAUGUUUUUAAAAAACAGUACUGUAUUUUGAUCCCUGGAGCAUUAUUUUUUUUUAUCAGCCUCUCUAGUGUUAAUUAAUUAACUUAGUGUGUACGUUUGUAGGAUAAAAUUGUUACCAUAUUUAACAGUGUAUGUAGGAUAAAAUUGUCAUGGCAUUCAAGAGGCUACUUGGUAUUUCUUGUUUGUUUUUAUUUUUAUUUAGUAUUGGCAUUUCCCUAUCCCCAUCAUAUUGUUCAUUGUACAUGGGGUGCUGGGUUAAGUGGGCCAAUAGAAAAAUUUCAAAAGCAAAAGACAAAUUCAGAUGAACCACAGGAGGUCAUUUUGUAUCCUUGUGACUUGUCAUCCUUUUGCAAAAAAAAAAAAUGUAACUGUGAGCCAUGUCCUUUUGUAACCAUGGGAACUUUCAAAGGGAGAAAAAUGGAAGGACACCAUCAUGAGGAAAACAAUUACACUGCAUUAGUCUGAGGAGAGUGAUUUUCCCCUUGACUUCCUCCUCUAUGAAUGGAUACACUUCUGAAGGGCAGCAGCAUUUUCCUCCUCUUAACUAUGCUUUAAUGUGACCUUGGUUUGUAUUUCUAAAAGCAAACAGUCUUAUUUCAGGUGUUAGAAGUGUAUGUGCCUUUUCUCUGGUGUAUGCAUUUGAUAAUCUUCAUUUUAUUCCUGUACUUGACACUUAAGAAUAGCUGGAGUUUGUCAUGCUUAUAGAAAUCAUGCACUCCUUCGAGAUUUCCCUUUGAAAAAUUCCAACGAAACACAUUCCUACAGGUCAGAGAGAGUGUUUGAUAAAGCUAUACAAUUAUGACUUUUGAAACGGUGUUGGUAUUUGUUGGUUAAGGACAACUGGCUAGUGAUUAGUUGGGGGCUCUCCCAGUUUCUGGAUGGCUAGACUAGUCACUAAGUAAUUUGGGGUAACUUAGUUUAUCAAGAGAUACAGAAUCACUCCUGGUAGCCACACACAUUUUUUUUUUGCAAUAACUAGCUUCCCAAGUGUUUCUAUUUAACCCUCCAAAUUACAGUAUUGUUUUUUUCUGUGAGACUGAUUUCUUAAAGAAAUAGACACAAAUUAAUUGGUAGCAAGAAGGUCAGACAUACCUGUAGGGAUGGAAGAAAAGCAGGGGAGCUGGCCUGAGGAAAACAAGACAGGACUUGGGUGCUCCUUGCUAAACAUGGCCACUGAAGGAGAGCCACAGUCUAUUAAAAAUAAUUAUGGUAAAUCAAAAGGAAAUUAGAUAUUGGAUCUCAGGCUGGGACUGCAACAACACAUUGCUCUGACUCAUAUAGCAGCUGUUCUGCAAGUGAACUAUUAACUGGACAUUUGAAGGAGGUUUAAUUUUUUUUAAAAAUGUGUGGGACAUUCUCUUGUGUGAGUCAAGGAUUCUGUAUAUUUCAAGCUUUGUUGUUUGGCCUUACUACCAUUGUCCAAAGUUUGCUGAGCUUUUCACCAAGUGCUCUGUGUAGGCCUCCUAUUUCCACUCCGAAACUCUUUAUGAGAUGGAUUGGGACAUGACUGAUGCAAGCUCAGAAUUCAUAAAUUAUCCUCAAGCUUAUUUAGUUCCUUACCUCAAUGGAGCUUAAAGCACAGCCCAUAAAUUUUCUCUUAUUUAGCCCUGGAGCAUCGCUAAGAAGAAACUAAGAACUAUGGCUUGCCAGACAGAUGGUGCUCAUGCCAGAGAAAUGAGAAGGCUUAAAAUUGCUUGUCAAAUAUCUCAGAGCCUGGAAAGAUGGUCUUUGUGCUUUGGGCUUCUGACCUUUGGAUUAACUAGCAUUUCUUAGAUUAUUGUCUUUCUUAAAAUGUUUAUUCAACCAAUAUUUCUGAAAUUACUUAGUAUUUGGUAGCCACCACCUUUGAUUUUUUUUCAAGACAGGGUUUCCCUGUGUAGCUUUGGAGCCUGUCCUGGAACUAGCUCUUGUAGACCAGGCUGGUUUUGAAAUCACAGAAAUCUGCCUGCCUGUGCCUUCCAAGUGCUGGGAUUAAAGGCAUGCACCAACCACUACCUGGCCACCUUUGAUAUUUUGAACAUAAUGUUUCAGCUGCAUCUUAAAUUAUGGAAGAAUACAUGGUUGUUUCAUAGAAUAACGUCCUUAUUAGCAGUGGCACUACCCUACUGUUUUGAAAAAAAGAUGUUCUCAGAUUGUGCAUUUAAAGAACAAAUCUUUGUGGUCACUAGCAGUCUGGUGGUUGUGAUUUUUUUCCUUUAUGAAACAAUGAGAAUCAUUAUUGUAAGGACAAUAAAACAUUGGUCAAAAGUC